AGUGCAGCCCACAGCCUGAUCGAGCUCAAAUCUUCCUGCUUCAAUUCCCUUAAAAUUACCCCCUCCCCCUCCCCCUCUGUCCCUCCUCCCCAAUUGCCCACAAUGCAAGCCACCAAAGCCAUCGUCGCCGCUGAACCCACCUCCCCCGGCACCGCCAACUGGUCCCUGCAGGACGUCCAAUGUCCCAUCUCCUGCGGCCCCGGCGAAGUCCUCGUGGAGAUCGUCGCCACAGGGCUCUGCCACACCGACGUCUUCGUGUCGGGCGUGCCUGAGGGGGCGUUCGGGAUUCGGUAUCCGAAGAUCCUCGGCCACGAGGGAGCCGGCUUCAUCCGCGCCCUCGGCCCCAACCCCAACACCUCCCUGCGCCUCAACGACCCCGUCCUCCUCACUUUCCCCUCGUGCGCCGCCUGCGCGCAGUGCCGACAGGAUCACCCCGCGCACUGCACCAGCCUCACCCACGCCGACAAGUACACCGGGAAGAAGAACUUCGCUGCCGGCGCCGGAGCCGGAGCCGGAGACAGAAAUGGCGCAGAGGACCCGUCCAUCUGGGGCUCGUUUCUCGGCCAGUCGAGCUUCGCGAGGCAUACGGUUGUGACGGAGUCUGCGUGCUUUAGUCUCAGGGGUCUCUUGAGGCGCGAUUCGGAUCUGGCGUUGUUUGCGCCGCUCGGGUGCAGCUAUCUCACGGGGUCGGGGGCCGUGAGGCGCAUUGCGAAGGUUGGCACCGAUGAUGUGGUUCUGGUCAUGGGGUUGGGGGGCGUGGGCAUGGCGGCGCUUUUGACAACCAUCCAAUCCUCCCCCUCCACAAUCAUCGCCGUGGACCAACACCCCGCGCGCCUCCGCCUCGCACAAGCCCUCGGCGCCACGCAUACCCUGAACACGCGCGCGAAGGGCUUCAACCUGCGCGACGCUGUCGCGGCCAUUGCGCCGGCCGGCCCCUCCGUCGUGAUCGACACCACGGGCGUGCCGGAGCUCAUGGAGCCCGCGAUGGAGGUGGCGGCGCCCAGGGCUAGGAUUGUGCUUGUGGGGAUUCCGCCCCCGGGGUAUGUUGUCGGGAUGCAGGGGUUGGGGUUUGUUGAGAGCGGGAAGUCGAUCAUGGGUUGUUUAGUGGGAGAUUCGGUUCCGGGGGUGGACAUCCCUCAAAUCAUCCAAUCAUACUACGAAGGACGAUUUCCCGUAGAUCGUCUCGUGACAAAAGUCCCUGCCGAGGAUUACGAAAAGGCGUUGCGCGGAGUCGAGGCAGGGGAGAUUAUCAAGGCGGUGUUGGUUUGGGAGUAG